AUGGGUGUAAAAGGUGGCUGGAGCUUGUUGAAACCUGUAGAGACAGUAUCACUCGUGGACUGGUCAACUUGCAAACUUUCUACUGGUUCACUUGAUGAACUGGGACCAUGCAUAGGAGUUGAUGCCAGUGGGUGGAUGUUCGCAGCUCGGUAUCACCAAGGGCAGAUGAAAAAUCCAGCGCAAGCUUCCCUUUUCAAGCGAUUAGGAUGCCUCUUUCAUCUUCCUGUCCUGCCCAUAUUCGUAUUCGAUGGCCCUAAACAUCCUGUAAUCAAGCGUGGGAAGACAAUCAACAAAACUACCGACUGGUUAGUAGCAGAUCUCAAACGAAUGCUCCAGGCAUUUGGUUUCCCCUAUUGGGAUGCUCCGGGUGAAGCAGAGGCUGAAUUGGCGAUGCUUUCUAAAGCCGGUCGCAUCGACGCAGUCAUGUCAGAAGACUUUGACGCAAUGUUGUUUGGGGCCCAAUGUGUGAUACGAAUCAAAGAUGAGAGUGACUCCAAAUAUAUUAUUGAGGUAUACGAAAGCGGGACUCAGUUCUCCUCCCAUGAUUUAGUGAUGAUCGCAUUGCUUGCAGGGGGUGAUUACGAUGUCGGUGAAAUGCCUCUUUAA